AAGUGCACAUGUUGCAGUAUUGAAAAGCAUUUGAAACUACACCAUUCUUUAUCAACACAACGUGUCGAACAUGAUGAGGACAAAUACUAUCCUAAGAAAAUACAUUGUGAUGAAAAUGGAGAUCAAACAGAAAAGUUUCAGUGCCCGCACUGCUCAAAGGUUUAUGACAGUAAGCUACCCGCUGAAAGACAUGUUCGUAAACAUAUUCACAUUUUCUAUUGCAAUCCUUGUCAGAUGUCAUUUGGAUCAUUUAAGGAGUGGAAUCACCACAAGACUCAAAAUCACAUGGAGCCAAUACAUAUUUGUGAACACUGUGGUGUUCAAUAUAAAAACAAGCGCUCCUUAAACAGACACAUGGAGACACACAGAUUCGGGGACUUUAUAUGUGAAAUAUGUAAUCGUACUUUUUCCAGUAGUCAAUGUCUGCGUGUGCACAAAGAUAGCGUACAUCAGUUAUCGAAGCGGGUCCUAAGUUGUGAUCAAUGCCAAAAGGUGUUCUACCAAAAUAACAAGUUUAAGAGUCAUAUUUUGAGCCAUUCUAAACCAUUUAUAUGUAGUUAUUGUGGACAGAGAUUUGGCUACAAGAAAUACCUCGACCA